AGUGAAGGAGGGAAGGCAGCAUGAUCUCUUAUGUAGCCGGAGCUUUGCUUCUAGCAUUUGGGCUAGCUCUCAUCUCCGUCUGGAAGUUUGCAGGAGGAAAACAUAGGGGAGCCAAGUACCCCAAUAGUCUGCCUUGCUUACCUUUCAUUGGGAGUUUACUGCAUAUUGGAAAUCACCUCCCUCCGCAUAUUCUGUUUUGUAAAUUGCAGGAGAAAUAUGGCAGCCUCUACUCCUUCAGAAUGGGCUCCCAUUACAUUGUGAUUGUCAAUCACCACGAACAUGCCAAAGAGGUCCUUUUGAAGAAGGGUAAAACAUUUGGUGGGAGACCACGUGCUGUGACAACAGAUAUUUUGACAAGAAAUGCAAAAGACAUUGCUUUCGCCAACUACAGCCCAAGCUGGAAGUUUCACCGCAAGGUAGUGCACGCAGCUCUGUCCAUGUUUGGAGAAGGGACUGUCGCCAUAGAGAAAAUCAUUUCUCGUGAAGCGACAUCUCUGUGCCAGUCCCUGAUCAGUUUUCAGGAUAAUCCCCUGGACAUGGCACCAGAGCUAACACGGGCGGUCACAAAUGUAGUCUGUGCUCUGUGCUUCAACACAAGAUACAAAAGAUGUGAUCCAGAAUUCGAGGAAAUGCUGGCUUAUAGUAAAGGCAUUGUGGAUACAGUUGCAAAGGAUAGUCUGGUUGACAUAUUUCCAUGGCUUCAGAUAUUUCCAAACAAAGACCUGGACAUACUGAAGAGGUCAGUGGCCAUUAGAGAUAAACUUCUCCAGAAGAAGCUGAAGGAACACAAAGAGGCAUUUUGCAAUGAGGAAGUAAAUGAUCUGUUGGAUGCUCUUCUAAAAGCGAAGCUCAGUAUGGAGAACAACAACAGCAAUAUUUCCCAAGAGGUUGGGUUAACUGAUGAUCAUCUCCUAAUGACCGUCGGGGAUAUAUUUGGUGCAGGAGUGGAAACAACGACUACUGUGCUAAAAUGGACCAUUGCUUAUUUAUUGCAUUAUCCUGAGGUUCAGACUAAGAUCCAGGAGGAGCUUGAUUUUAAGGUUGGGUUUGGGAGACACCCUGUGCUGAGUGACAGGAGAAUUCUGCCCUAUUUGGAUGCAACAAUCUCUGAAGUUUUACGCAUUCGCCCUGUAGCACCGCUGCUCAUCCCGCAUGUAGCACUGCAAGAGUCCAGCAUUGCUGAAUAUACAAUUCCCCAGGAUGCCCGCGUGGUUAUAAAUCUUUGGUCACUGCAUCAUGACCCUAAUGAAUGGGAAAACCCUGAAGAAUUUAAUCCAGAGCGUUUCUUGGAUGAAAAUGGAAACCAUGUCUACUCUCCCUCCCAAAGUUAUCUGCCCUUUGGAGCUGGCAUUAGAGUCUGCCUUGGGGAAGCAUUGGCCAAAAUGGAGGUCUUCCUGUUUCUGUCGUGGAUUCUGCAGAGGUUUACACUGGAACUUCCUGCAGGAGACAGCUUGCCAGACCUGGAUGGAAAGUUUGGUGUGGUCCUUCAGGUCAAAAAAUUUAGGGUCACAACCAAGUUAAGGGAAGCCUGGAAAAACAUAGAUUUGACCACAUAAAGCAGAACAACAUAACUGUGUUUUUUUGUGUUUUAAGGAGGGUUGAAGGGAAGAUAAAGAAAAAUUGAUAGUUUACUCCAAGGCAAACUUAUCAAAAAGACAUAUCUUUAUAUUUCCAUUGCACAAAUUAGAAAGGCAAAAGUAUAAAAUUAGGUAUGUGUAUAGUUGCCUUUUUAAUCACAUGUAUGUAGUGUUCCUGUAUUUCCAACACACGUUGUGCUUGCUGCUUAUUCAUUAGUGGAGGUGCCAUUCUGCUGUUAUCAGUGAG